UGAGAUACUCAGCUGUCGUAAAUUUGUCUGUGCUGUGAAGAAAGCUGGGUAGUUGCAGAUUGCUUCAUAAAAUAUGAGUUCGAUGCGACAUAUUUCUUCCCGUCUUUUACCAAACUUAUCAAUAAUGAGUCGAUAUUAUUCCGGUCAGCUGGGAGACCUUGGAAGUGGAGCUGGGAAAGGGGGUGGUGGCGGAGGUUCAAUUCGUGAAGCUGGCGGUGCUUUUGGAAAGUUGGAAGCUGGAAGGGAGGAGGAAUAUUUCUAUAAGCAACAAAAGGAACAACUCAAGAAGUUGAAAGAUGAUUUGAAGGAUGAAAUUAGUUUCCAUGAAGAGCAAGUGAAACGGCACCAAGAAGCAAUACAGCGCCACAAGCAGAGAGUCAAGGACAUUGAAAGCAAGACCAAGCACUGAGUCUGCUUAGAACUGACUGGAGCUGUAUUGUUAGAGUUUAUCUGUUAUGCCGUAGUGCACUUCAAGGUCUUGGUGCAUAAAGCACUGUAGAACUAUUGUAAAGGAAUGUUUCGCAAGUGUACUUUUACAUGUUAAUUUAGUUGUCAGUUAAAAGUGUUCUAAAUGUGGUUUUAGUACCGUUUGUGCAUAUGAUUUAUCAUGUAACUGACUGGACUGAGUUUAUGUUGUAGAUAUAUAUGUAUAUAUGCAUAUAUAUACACAGAAAAACACAUGUGUAUGAGUAUAUUAUGUUAAACACAGUCAAGGUAAAAAAAUCACUAUUGAACUUA